UCAGUCAAUCAAGUGAGCAAAGUCCUCAGUUUUCGAAAUCGUAUUUCAGGAUUGUAAACAAACUGAAUUGCACUCUCCUUUGCGUAGUGGGACAGGAAACCUUUGCUUUGUUGGUGGUUGGUGAUGCGGUUACAUUUUUAAUGGUGCGAGCUGAGAAUAGGGCGGAGGAGAUUUUCACUACCCCAAGAGUUUCAGGGAAUCAAUUUACAUGUAGAUUCUAUAGACUAUAAUUAUAAUAGUAUUCCUCGACUGACCUGUGGGAUACACGUGUUUCUACUCGCGGUGAAUUUCAGUGAACUCCUCUCCAGCUCCUUGGACACCAGCCUACAGUGAUUGCACUCUGAAGCAAAGUCUCAAUACACCAAGUACCUGAUGCAUUCUCCUCGCCACACUAGUAGUAUAUGGAAUCAUCAUUUGGAGCAGAGGAUUUAAUUCGUCAACCUUGUGAUGGAGGCCCAGGACACAGUUGACGGGGAGUCGGGUCUCAUCGCUGCCUUGGUGGCACAGAAGAAGAAGAGAAGUGCCGCUCGUGGCUCUAACUUAGGUCAUCAGCGAAAGGCCUCUCCGGCAUAUGCUGUUCACGUUGACCAAUGUCGCAAGCAGAACAAGAUACUGCACAACGUUGCUUUGCUUGGGUCUGAUCACCGUGAUGCGCUCCUGGAGUAUGACGAGCCCCCAACAAGCACUAGUCCUGUUCAGGCAAAGCCAAGUUCACUUUUCCCGAAUGAUAAAGAUAUACUGGAUGUUGAUGAUACUCUGCACAACUUCCGUCUUAUUUCCCCGGAUGGUACCAUGAAAACUGAUAAGGUACGAGCGCGUACCCUAUCAGCAUCAUCCAAAGCAUCAGUUGACUCGUUACGUUCUUUGGCAUCACAGGGCUCUCUGGUCAAGAGCGGACUGGGGCCCCCGUCAACUUUGGCUUCGCCGUCUGUCUCACCAGUGUGCACUGCUGAAGUUUAUGAGCUGAGUCGCUACUUUGAACAGUGUGGUGAUGAUGAGAGAACAACAAUGAAGAAUCCUAACAAAGUAUUACUCACUGUGGAUAUGCGCACCUCUGUAGUGGUCGUGGCAAACAGCAUUGCCAGUAAUGUGUUCGGCUACACUCAGUCUGAAUUUGAGGGAAUGCCAUUCGAACGCCUGCUCCACUCCGACAACUACCUGGCCAAGAUGAGCCUACGUGAAGAGUACUGUGGACCUGAUGGGGCACAACUGACUGUUUCAGAGCAACUGCUCAUUGCUGCUACGAAGUCUGGCAGCUCGUUCCCUGUGUCCCUGUGGAUGAUGCCACUCAAAUCCAACAAGGUGAACCAUUGCCUCGCUAUCAUGGAGCCAGUGGAACGAACAACUGGAAUUCUGACACUAGAUGUCCAGGGUAAUGUUAUUGAUGCCGAUCCACAGCUUGCAUCUGUCUUUGGAUAUCAUGACAGACCGGAUGACUUCCUGCUCAGCUCUGUUAGUGACUUGAUGCCCAAACUCGUCUUGCCAGCCGAGAAAGCCAUUUCUUUACCGGAUACCUUUCGACGUCAACAUGUGACAGGACAAGUCCGUGGUGGAGGCGCACUGCCCCUGACUGUGCUGAUGCGCUUUUCGACAGAGACUGACCCGGUCAUGUUCCAAGGUGCUGGCUUUCCGGAGAAACAUGGUGCGCUAGAUGCAGGAUCGGACAUUCAGUGUGUUGUGAUCUUGUAUCACAAUGUUACCGGACUAAUGACCGUGAAACUGGAUGGUACAGUCUCAUCUUGUGAUUCCACUUUUUGCACCAUGUUAUUUGGAUAUAGCUCUAGUGAACUUUGCUCAAAGGCCGUUGAUCAGCUAAUACCCGGCGUCUGGACUGAAGUACGCUCGGCCGGUUUGAAGUGCGUGAAAUUCAACACCCAGCCGUAUCAUCACCGGCUGGCGUUAGAUAGCCCCGACUCUGUAACCAGCAAUGGAAGUGCAGCAUCCUCUAGUUCUUGUACUGCUGGAGCUGGUCUUGCCUCAACAACUCCCGGAAAGCAUUCGGCAUCCAAAGACCUGGGUGUUAUAUUGGAGAGAGCGGAUGCAAACAGCAUUGGCUCAUUCACCGACGCCGCUGCUGCAGAUAGGCAGGGAAACCCGUGUUCAAACUCGAUGCAUGAAUCCAUGAAUGACGCAGGUGUACAGUGGACCAGGUCACCAACUCCAGAAUCCGGCAGUGAGGGCAACAGAAAGCAAUGGAAGCUUACCAGAAGCUAUGGUACACCGUUUGCAAAGCCGGUUAGCAGUCUUCCCGGCUCGGGUGAUUUCAUGUCCCACCUUGCUACAAGUCUGGAGUCAAAUCGUUCCUCCGAUCCGAGUAGCCGUUCUGCAUCUCUGACCGGGUUAUCAUUGAACACAACAGCAAUCCACAAGGAUGACUUCAGAGUGGAUAUCAAUAUCAAGGUCAAGCUCAUCUUGUUCAACAAUGAAACGUCUCUGCUCUGCUUUUGGUUGAAGCGAGAACAUGGUGCGCAACAGUCACCAUCCCCAACGUCCAGCUUCACCGUCAUUGAAAGGCAGGAUGACCUGAAUAAACUAUUGGCAGAGGCAGCCUUCAAGGGCCCCUAUGCUGAAGCCUACACUAACAUCAGAACUAUCGGGAGCGGUGCAUUCGGUGAUGUCAAGCUGGCGUACCAGAACUCCACUGGUGAUGAGGUCAUAGUCAAGUGUAUUGGGAAGAAAGAUGUUCUAUCAUGCGGCUGGACACACAUCACGCUAGAGCAGAGGGAUCAAUUCAACAUUAUCACGCAGCAGUCCUUCUUUGAUGCCACCGACUCAGUUCCAACCGAGCUCUUUCUCCUCCGCACGCUAGAGCAUCCCAACAUUGUCAGCCUCAUCGACGUAUUCGAAACGGAACACUUCUACCAGCUUGUCAUGGCCAAACAUGGAGAAGGCAUGGAUCUCUUCGAGUUUAUUGACCAUGAACCAGCAGUAAACGAACCUCUCGCAUUCUUCAUAUUUUCUCAGGUUGUAGAUGCUGUGGAUUACCUUCACCAGAGGAACAUCAUUCAUCGAGAUAUCAAGGAUGAAAACAUCAUUAUAGAUCGAAACUUUCGAGUUAAGUUAAUAGACUUCGGCUCUGCAGCAAUCAUGAAAGAAGGCCAGCUGUUUGAUUUAUUCUGUGGCACCGUAGAGUACUGCUCACCGGAAGUCCUCUCCGGAAACAAGUACCGUGGUCCUGAGCUGGAGAUGUGGACACUAGGUGUUACUCUCUAUACGCUAGUUUUCUUUGAAAACCCGUUUAAGGACGCCGAUGACAUCAUUGGUGGCCAUCUUGAUCCUCCAUUUGUUGUCUCCCCACGUCUGACCCGGGUGCUCUUGUGGCUGCUGCAUCCCGACCCGAAGAGCCGCUGCACUAUCCCACAAUUGCGUGAAUGCUCGUGGAUGAAGCAAACAGUUGACUCUGGCUUGUAUCAUUUUGAAGAUGUCCUCAACAACCGGGGUCCAUCGGUUAGGCCAGGACAUCCUUGAAAUUCUCGCAGGUUACCCCUAUACAGCAACAGCAACAACAACAAGACUUGUGCUGUCUGGGUUCCUGUAUGGCUGCACUAGUCUGAUUGACUUGUGCUGUCUGUGUUCCUGUAUGGCUGCACUAGUCUGAUUGUUGCAGCAGACUAUACACUAAAAAUCACUUUCGAAACCCUGCACAGGCAGCACCCGUGAGCUGAGACAGAGGCUAUUUACAUCACUUUCCAGGCUGCUAACUUGAUGGGUUCUGUAGUUGCCAAAAUGUGUCUCCGAAUCACAUUCCAUAUCUGCUCUGAUACAGUAACGUUAGAAGAUGCGUUAGAUCUCCCCCUCCAUAUUAGGUAUGCACUUUACACAACUUGAUGUAUUUGCUUGCAUGUGCUAUGCUUGCAGCAACAGCAUUAGCAAAGUGGGUGUUCUCCCUGGCCUAGUGCAUAGAUACAUGGAAUCAGAGAUAUUUUAGCUGGUGCACUGCAUGCAUAGCGUGUAUACUGUGGAGUAGACCAGCAUAGGACAUGCACCACGGUGCCUUUUUCAAAUUCAUUUCCACCAACAAAACAUUAAUAAUUAUGAUAGCCGUGUUAUUGUUAGAGUUAUAUCUGCCUGUUCUAAACAUCUCGCUCAACAAUACAAAAGAUGCUCUUGCAUGCCCUGCAUACAACUAUAUGCUAGCACAUACAUUAUUAUUAUACUGGAUGGCUGAGUACACCCUCACAUGCACAUACAAACUUAUUCAAGCAUGCCCACACGCUCGCUAUGACUGCACCUGAGCGCUCAAUACUACACAUUGCAGACCGCAUUGCAUAAGGUCAUCCCUACACUAUUAUACCACCUCUAAAGGCCAGGGAAAUUGUCCUGACAUGUACAAUUUUAUCUCACAACGCAUCUGUCAUGCUGAAGUCACACACACACACACACACACACACACACACACACACCAAAAAUUCCUCUCUUGAACCGCAACAAGUUAUUAUUGCUGUAUUUAUAAACUACUCACAAAGUGAACGUAUUCCAGGCACCUGGGAACUGUA